ACAAUUUAGUGAAAUUUCUAUUUAUUAAUUCUAUAUAUAUAUUAUACAGUCAUAUAUAAAAUAAAUUGUAUAUAUUUUAAGAUUUAAAAAAAUUUGCAACAAAAAAAAUUUAAUAUAAUUUAAUUAAUAUAAUAUUGAAAUAAAGUUUUUAAUUAUAUAUAUUUAAAGGUGCAAUGAAAAAUACGCUUACCGAUUUUGAAGAUUCACAAAAUUCUUUUAAAGAUCAAAACCUUAGACGAUGUGAAAUAUCUGGAGAAGAAGAUGACGAUGAUCUUAACGAUGAUAUUCCAACCGUUAUUGAUGUUGAAAAAUGUGAAGAUGAUAAACCAAUAUCACUUAGUAAAAAUAAUGUUAAUAUUAAUGAACAAAAUAAAAUGUCAACAACCCCACCACAAAUUACAACUGCUACAACAGCAUCUUCAUCUGUUGAAGCCCAUAGGGAUAGGCCACUUAAAUUUUCAAUUGCAAAAAUUAUGGAACCAGAUAUUAGAAAUGAUAAUGAAUCAAAUUCUGAUGAUAAUAAUUCUUCCUAUAAUAAUGAUUGUGAUGAUUCAGAUUAUCGAAUAACUGAUUCAGCAUUUAAAAAAUAUAUUCCUUCAUCAUAUAGUAAUCAUUUGAAUAAUACAACAAGACAUCAAUAUUUAUUAUCAAAUUAUCCACUUCUAUAUUAUCCUGGACAAUUAGUAUGUGCAGCAGCGGAAUUUACAACAUCUAUAACAUCAUUACAACAUAAUACAAAUAAUAGUAGCAGUAAUAAUAAUUGUAAUACUUCAAAUGAUAGUAUAAAUAAUUCAACAUUAACAUCAUUAUCACCAUCAUCACAAGCAGCAGCAGCUGCUGCUGUAUCAGCAAUUGAGCAUCAAUCAAAUUUUAUUAAAUCAAUACAUUUGGCCCCAUUUAAUCCGUCUUUAAAUCAAAAUCAUAGAGAUAAACGAAUUUUAAAUAUUUACUUAAAUAAGUCAGCAUUUAAUUAUUCGGCGGCUGCUGCUGUAGCGGCAGCUGCUAAUUCAACUUCUUCAACAGCAUCAAUAUUAAAAAGAAAAUCAACGGCAUCUUCAUUAGCUGGUAAUGUCGGUAAUAAUGUAACACCAUCAACAACAUCUUUAUCGGUGAUAGAAAAUAAAUGUGAUUCUAGUCUAGGCGAUUUAAAAACAUCGUCAUCAUCUUGUAGUAACAAUAAUAAUAAUAACAAUAAUAAUAAUAAUAAUAAACAGAAAAGUUUUUCAUGUCUUCAAUGUGGUAAGGUAUUUAAUGCCCAUUAUAAUUUAACACGACAUAUGCCAGUUCAUACUGGUGCUAGACCAUUUGUAUGUAAAAUAUGUGGUAAAGGUUUUCGGCAAGCUUCAACAUUAUGUCGACAUAAAAUUAUUCAUACAACAGAAAAACCUCAUAAGUGCUACACUUGUGGAAAGGCAUUUAAUAGAUCUUCAACAUUGAAUACACAUUCUCGAAUACAUGCUGGUUAUAAGCCAUUCGUUUGUGAAUAUUGUGGUAAAGGUUUUCAUCAAAAAGGAAACUAUAAAAAUCAUCAAUUAACACAUAGUGGAGAGAAAGCAUAUAAGUGUGAAAUAUGUUUUCAUCAAGUAUAUAAUUUAACUUUUCAUAUGUACACUCAUAACGAUACAAAACCAUUUACGUGUAAAAUUUGUAAAAAAGGUUUCUGCCGGAAUUUCGAUUUAAAAAAACAUAUUCGAAAACUACAUGAAGGUGGGGAUAACUCUUUAAAUUCAACAAAUAAUACGAAUUCAACGAAAAAUUUAAAAAAAAAUAAUAAUAAUAAUAAUUCUAAUGAAAUUAUAGAAAAAUCAUCAGCAUUUUUAAAAAAUAAUACAUCAUCAUCACCAUUAUCAUCAUCAUCGUCAUCAUCGAUAUCAUCAGUAUCAUCAAUUAAUUUGACAACAUCAUCUUCAACUGGUGUUAAUAGUAUUGGUAAUAAUAAAAAUAAAAAAAAUAUUAAUUCUAAUAAAUAUAAUAAUAAUAAUAAUGAUGAAAAUUUUCUAACAAAAAUAUCAGCAACAACUUUACAACAACAACAACAACAAGAACAGCAACAACAACAAGUAGUAACGAUACCAGAUAAAAAUGGUUGGCAUCAUGCGCAUAUUCCAGAUUCUUCUACUUCUUCUUCAUCAAAUACAAAUACAAUAAUACCAGUUGUAACAACAAAUUCUUUAUCAACAUUAUCACAAAUAACACCACCACUAUCAUCAUUAUCACAAAUACAAACAACAGCAGCAGCGGCGGCAGCAGCAUUACAACCAAUCAGAAAUGGUUUUAAUGGUAAUACAAUAACAUCAUCAUCAACAUCAUCAUCAGCAUUUCAUCAUCAUUUAACACAAAAUCUUCAUCAUCACCAUCAUCAUCAUCAUCAUCAUAAUAGUCAUCAUCAUCAUAAUCAUCAUCAUCAUCAUCAAUCUAUACAAAACACGCCCAUAAUAGCAAGAAUUUUUUGACAAAAAUUUUUUUAUAAAGAAUCAGCCGCUGCUGCUGCGGCCGCAGCCGCCGCUGCCGCAGCUGCAGCUGUAGUUUAUAAUAGUCAUAAUAAUAUUAUUAGUCACAAUAAUAAUAACAAUAAUAAUAGCAACAGUAUAAGUAACAAUAGUAAUUGUAGUAGUGAAAAUGAUUGUAAUUUAAAAUUUCAUGUUUCUGACUAAUUUAAGUGAAAAAGGACUUUUAUAUGAUUUUG